GGAUCCCCAGGCUGCGGCGAAAAAAGCCUGGAUCUUUUUUCGUCUCGAGGGCGCGUGACACGUUGACCUUUUCUGGGGGAAGUCGGACAACCAAUGUAUGCUAUAUGUAUACACUUGGCCACACACAUUGCGAACGCCAAAGCUGUCCUGCCAGCUCUUUAGGAGGUGUUCCUCGUCUCGACAUUGUAUCUGGUGCUCUUGCAUUCGGUCUCCGUACCACCAGGCACAGACAACCGACCUCAUUCCAACACCCUCAUUCGUCCCUCCACCAUUCACACACCCUUGGACUCCUGAUGCGCGCUGUCCUCCUGCCGGCGCAAGCCUGAUUGUUUCUACCUAGUCCUCACUCCGAGGGUCUGUGAAUGGCGACGCUUCCUUGUUCCCGAGCUCCGCGCCUUAUUCAUCCUGGUCCCAGCCGUGCUCAGCACGUUCAAGGGUCAUCAAAGUCAAAGCCCAAGCUGCGCCUGUCCCGCCUUUCGCCCGUUUGAAUUUUUUCCCUUACUGCAGUUGCAACUUGCCGACGACCUCGUUACUGAGCUCGCAAGCAGCUUCUGCCCAGCACCAUUCCAUCACCCUGCGCGAGGCAUCCAGCAGCUCCUGGGGGAGCGCAAUCAUCACCUUGACACGAGCUUGACCAUGUGGCGGAAUACUCGCCGCCCAUUUCAGAUACCAGCAGCGGCACGCGUCUCUCCGCCCAUGAUCGAGGUGGGCUGAUCAAAGGAAGGAAAAGAAAAACAUAUCAUCUGCGUGACGCAUAAUAUGGGUGGUUCAGAGUACCAAGGAGAGCAGAAAGAGGAGGCUGCGGGCGCAGCGUCGUCGUCGCUGCCCCAACUACCUGCGCCCCCGGAGCCUGAGAACGACAAGGGGAUUAUUCCCUCGAUCAAGAGCCCGUCGUUGGAAGGACUGGACGACCUCACUCCGGAGAAUGUGGACAUUUUCAAGCUGGAGCCGGUCGCGGCGCUGAAAUUGCUAUGUCGCAGUAUCGACGACCUCGUCCAAUUGACCGGCGACGUGCCUCCCACGCCACUGGCGCGGAGUCGAGGAGGGUCGCCCGCUCGAAGUCUCUCGAGGUUGCGUGAGUCAAUGACACCUGAUACCGCCACGCAAACACCCAAGAAGGAAAACACCAAGCUGCGGCCACCAGGGUCUGCUUCGCAGCAGGAACACAUCGAUGGAGUGCUGUUUGUGAAGACACCCAUAGGCUCGCCUGAAGCGCACGAGCAUGAACCCACGGCGGCGGCCCGUAUUAUCGGGGCCAACGCUCAGCCUCUGUAUAUCCAGCACGGAGCACUCGCGCGAAAGUUUUACUCGAAGCGGCCGCCUCCCAUUUCUACUGAGGACUAUCUGAUGCGCAUGCACAAAUACUGUCCCAUGUCCACGGCGGUCUACCUGGCGGCUUCUCUCUAUAUCACGCGACUGGCCGUCCUGGAGAAGAUCUUGCCGGUGACCCCACGGAACGUGCACCGCUUGCUCUUGGCCACACUGCGAGUCGCCAUGAAGGCGCUCGAGGACCUGUCGUGGCCCCACGCCCGCUUUAGCAAAGUGGGUGGCGUGUCCGAGGGCGAACUGGGCCGGCUGGAAAUCACGUUUUGCUACCUGAUUGAUUUCAGUUUGAAAGUGGACGCUGAGAUGCUGCAACACGAGGCCGAGAAUCUGUGUCGGCACAACCGAUACGAGGCCGUCCUUUUUGACUAUCCUCUGGGUCCGCUCGAGCUGCGAAUGCCGGAAAAUGGGGACCGGAAAUCAAGGGGCGCGGAGAAACGAAAGGCCAGCAGCACCUUGCCCAGCAGGCCUGUUGUCCAGGUCGGCGCGGGCAUUGAAGUGUUGGGUCAAUCUUGAACGGCUGCCCACGGCGGCUCCAAGCCGGAAAGAUUUUGGGAACGGCCAAAGGGAUACCGUGUUUGGGGGCAUGUGUACGGUUUUCGACAUGGUCGGGGUGGUAGGCAAGAUUGGCGCUUUGGGGGCAAACAUGCCACAUUUGAACUGGAUGGAUUCCCAGGGGCCAAACACAUGCACGAGAUUGGGCAAGCAUAUGAAUCUGAAACUGAGCGACGCAAAACUGGCUCGGUCGUUGAGUUUCUUGAGCCUGGCUUUAUCCAGGGAAUGACUAUUGUUUGAUGAACCAUCUGCUCGAUUAUCUGCGUGGUGCCCGAGACGCAUUGUCUACCGUAUGUUUGAAUAUUGAUCCGUGCCAAAUGGAUAGUGCCCAUCACGCAAGGCUUGUGUCACCUCGGUGGUAUAAACCGACCCCAGUCCACGGUUCUCUGCCGAGUAUGGAGUAUAGAUCCUGCUGACCUGGGGUUGGGACCACAAACAUACCAGAAGAAUCAAGCAAAGGCCGAGCCCGCGCAGAUGCUUGAUCCGACGAGAGAUUCUUAGAUCCACUUCUCCGUGCCUUUUGCCUGGCAAUAACCGU